AUGAAGAUGCUCACUUUUGAUCUCGUCCUCCUCGUUGUCUCUGUAGCCGUGACAAUCUCCGCCGCCACGAAGAUCGGAGUAACUUACUCAACUCCCGACGUCCAAGAAGUGUCUCCAGAAAGAAUCGUAGCCAAGGUAGUUUCUAUGGAGAUUGAGGCGGUGAGGCUUCUCGAUCCGGAUCCGGAGAUGAUUCGCGCCUUCGCGUCCACCAAGGUAUCUCUCUUCCUCUCUGUUCCAAAUCCACUGGUCCCGAUGUUGGCUUCGGAUCGUCAUCAGGCGUUCGACUGGGUGAAACUCCAUGUUCUUCCGUUCCAUAACCGCACCAAGAUCUCAAUGAUAUCCGUCGGAAACGACUUGAUUUCGCCGGAAGCUCCGCCGCCGAUGUUUCUUCUCCAAGCCAUGCAGAACCUUCGUAAAUCUCUUCUUCAACUCCGAAUCAACGAUAUUCCCGUUUCCACUACCUUUUCUUUCUUCAGUCUCAUUGCAUCACCCUUCCCUCCUUCAUUGGCUCAGUUCAAAAACCCUAACCGAUUCUUGGAGAAGACAAACUCAUCUUUCUUGGUUAAUCUCUUCCUUACUACUUACAUGGAUGAUACGUCCACCAUCCAUGUUCGUUACACUAACCUCUUUGAUGUGAUGGUGGACGCGGUGGUGAAGUCUCUGGCGGUCAUGGGCCACGAGAGUCUCCCGGUGGUUGUGGCUGAGACUGGUUGGCCCACCUGGUCCUCUAAUUCUAGUGAAGUAGAUGCUACACUAAGAUGCAGUGAGAAGUUCUUAGAUUCACUUGUUGCCCAUUUGAGAGCUGGUCAUGGAACUCCUCUCAGGAAAGAAGGCGUUUCUGAGGUCUAUAUCUUUGAACUCUGCGACAGUGGAUCCAAGCAACAAAGCAAGAGGACAUGGGGUCUUCUCGACAACCAUCUCAAAACCAAAAUGAACAUCACCUUCUUCGUGGAUAUACCUGAGAUGGAGAAGAAGUUUAUACGUACUUACUUGGUUAUCGUUUUCUCCCUCUUUGCUGGAGUCAUUGGCACGGUUUGCGUUUUGACCUGUCUCACUAAUAUACUUAGCACGGAGAGGCCACCUAAGCCCGUGGUAGGACGAGACAAAUGGUUGUGA